AUGUCGGCAAAGACUGAAUACCAGCCUGUCGACCGGUCCGCUGAUGAGGUAGAGGAAGACACCGGUCUGCUUCGCAACUAUGUCAGGAGCUCAGGAGACAAACGAUGGGAGAAACUCAUUUGGAUUGGGUUCAUAAUGACCAUUGUGGUGACCAAUGUUGUCUGGUUUGGUGUUUAUAAUCUCCAGAAACAAGCACACCAAGAAGAACAACCUAUCAACGGACGCCUUCUACGGGUUCCAUACAGAUUCACUACGCCAUACGUCGAUGCCCCUCUCAAAGAGCAAAACAAGCUUUGGGCCGAUAUGUUCCCACCCGGCUUGGGAGCGAUCAAGGUAGAGCAUGAAUGGGCUGCUAAGCACAAUCUCCCCGUUCCUCAAGGAAACGCCUCGGAUGGAUUAGCUAUCUAUACUGUAGCAGCUUUCCACCAACUUCACUGCUUGACCGUCAUCCGCACAAGCAUCUACCAGUACCAUAGCGGACGGGAGCAAAAAGAUCCCUGGACCCAUAUUACACAUUGCCUCGACACUCUCCGACAAGAGAUACAGUGCUCGGCAGACCCAACAAUCGGUGGUAUGAGCAGAGUUCACGAGUGCCGAGACUUUGAGGCUCUUAAAGCCUGGACUACCAAGCAUGCGUAUACGGAGUUUUUGGAUGAACUUCAGUAA